GGUUUGCGGAAUUUACUGACAGCACCGAGACCAAUGAUGUCCCCACGAAGUGGAUUAUUGGAAGCGGAGUCCGAUAAUAGAGAGGGGCAUACGUCUUCAGCGACAGAACUAUGCUUUUAACUACGUGUCCCAGGAUGCACUGCGGCGUUUGAGAUGUGUGUACAUGAAGCAGGGAGCGAGGGGGGAGAAGGGAAGAUUUAGGAAUUCGUCUGCAGACUUGGAGCUGCGCUGUUAAAGAAUAAUGGCCUAGCUCUCUAGCCAGAUGCAAGCACUUCAUCCGACAUUUGUGUGUUCUCCUGGUUCCGAGCAGUGAUAAACACAUUCCUGCAGUAGAUUCCAAGAAGGAGGGAGCCAACAGAGCAACCAACUUUAUUCGUCCCGCCACCCCCCGGCAGACUCCAGCAGGAGCAGGAUGGAGGCCUCAUUUGGCCCUACCUUCUCAGCUGUGGCUGCUGGAACCAAAGCGGAAGCAUCCAGCAACUACAAGCAGCAUAGAAGAACUCCCUCCUCCUCCAGCACUCUCACCUACUCUCCUCGGGAUGAUGAUGAUGGAAUGCCUCCGAUGGGUACUCCACGAAGGUCUGAUUCAGCGAUCUCAGUCCGAUCUCUCCAUUCUGAGUCCAACAUGUCCCUGCGUUCCACUUUCUCUCUGCACGAAGAAGAGGAGGACACGGAGCCCCAGGUGUUUGCGGAGCAGCCGUCAGUAAAACUUUGCUGCCAGUUGUGCUGCAACGUCUUCAAGGACCCAGUCAUCACAACAUGCGGGCACACCUUCUGCAGACGAUGUGCCUUGACUUCAGACAAGUGCCCCGUGGAUGCAGCUAAGCUAACAGUCGUAGUGAACAACAUUGCCGUAGCCGAGCAGAUCGGGGAGCUGUUCAUUCACUGUAAAUACGGCUGCAGGGCCACAGCAAGCGCUGCAGGCGCGGCUGCAUCCUCCAAUUCCACAGUGGCUGGUAAACCCGGGGCGUUUGAGGUGGACCCCCUGGGCUGCCCGUUCACCAUCAAACUGUCCACACGCAAAGAGCAUGAGGCCAGCUGUGACUACAGGCCAGUCCGCUGCCCCAACAACCCCUCCUGCCCCCCACUGCUCACCAUGAACCUCGAGGCUCACCUCAAAGAAUGUGAACAUAUCAAAUGCCCACACUCCAAAUAUGGCUGUACAUUCAUUGGUAACCAGGACACAUAUGAAACACACCUGGAGGUGUGUAAAUUUGAGGGUCUAAAGGAGUUUCUGCAGCAGACUGAUGACAGGUUCCAUGAGAUGCAGCUGACUCUGGCCCAGAAGGAUCAAGACAUUGCUUUCCUGCGCUCCAUGUUGGGAAAAUUGUCAGAGAAGUUGGAUCAGCUGGAGAAGAACUUGGAGCUCAAAUUUGAUGUGUUGGAUGAGAAUCAGAGCAAACUUAGCGAGGACCUGAUGGAGUUUCGUAGGGAUGCCUCGAUGCUUAACGAUGAGCUGUCUCACAUCAAUGCCAGGCUCAACAUGGGAAUCCUGGGUUCAUACGACCCCCAGCAGAUCUUCAAAUGCAAGGGGACAUUUGUUGGCCACCAGGGUCCCGUUUGGUGCUUGUGUGUCUACUCCACUGGAGACCUGCUCUUUUCUGGGUCUUCAGAUAAGACUAUCAAGGUUUGGGACACCUGCACCACCUACAAGUGUCAGAAAACCCUUGAGGGUCAUGAUGGGAUUGUUUUGGCACUUUGUAUCCAAGGGAACAGGCUUUACAGCGGCUCUGCAGACUGCACCAUCAUCGUGUGGGAUAUUCAGACUCUGCAGAAAGUCAAUACUAUCCGUGCCCAUGACAACCCAGUAUGCACUCUGGUCUCCUCUCACAACAUGUUGUUCAGUGGCUCCCUGAAGGCCAUCAAGGUGUGGGACAUAGUGGGUACGGAGCUGAAGCUGAAGAAGGAGCUGACCGGGCUGAAUCACUGGGUGAGAGCACUGGUGGCCUCACAGAACCACCUAUACAGCGGCUCCUAUCAGACCAUCAAGAUUUGGGACAUCCGGUCUUUGGAGUGUGUUCACGUCCUGCAGACCAGCGGCGGCAGCGUCUACUCCAUCGCCGUCACCAACCAUCACAUCGUCUGUGGCACCUAUGAGAACCUCAUUCAUGUGUGGGAUAUCGAGUCCAAAGAGCAAGUGCGGACACUGACAGGCCAUGUGGGAACAGUUUAUGCUCUUGCUGUCAUCUCCACCCCUGACCAGACCAAAGUGUUCAGCGCCUCCUACGACCGCUCGCUUAGGGUGUGGAGCAUGGACAACAUGAUUUGCACCCAGACCCUGCUCAGACAUCAGGGCAGUGUCACAGCCCUCGCCGUCUCCAGAGGGCGCCUCUUCUCUGGGGCUGUGGACAGCACCGUCAAGGUGUGGACUUGCUAAGCAAACACUAUCCUCUGCAGGAGUCCAGUUUCACAUCUAUUUUUAUUUCCAAUGGACACCUUACGAUCUGACCACCACUUACAGCAGCCUUGGUGAGACAGUUAUUUUGAGAGAGAAGAAGUGUCUUCACUGGUCAAAGUUUCAGUGAUUUCUUGUAUACUUGUAAUCAUGUAAGCUUGAUUUGAUCAUUGAUCAAUAAAACUGUUGUACACUUUG